GCUGAUUACAGUCCACAAUUCUAUUUCUACACUUCGGACAUUUCUGGCACUAUCAAAUUGCCAGAAGAUAAAAAAGUUGUCAAACCUGGCGAUGACCUUAGUCUGCAAGUUCACCUUAUUCAUCCAGUUGCUAUUGAAGUUAAUAGCGCUUUCUCAAUUCGGGAAGGAGGGAGAACAAUCGGCAAAGGAAUUAAAAUUCCUUUUACCAAAAAAAAUAUUAGACAAAUUUCCGCCAGUGAACUAGCACCCGGAACCACGGGGCUAGAAUUAGAAAUCCAAACUAAUUUUCAUAUGGAGACUUUGGCAGGUUCCUUAAAAGGCAUAGUUCACGGUCCCAUCCAAGACGCUCCUUUUGAGAAAUUGGCUUUUGUUUUUAAAGACAAUGCCGACCAGCCCAUUUACGAUGCUCUGUGGGAUAGCAAAAACCAAAAUUUCGAGUUGAAUUUUGAGAAAGAGAAAUCCAAGUUUGCCAGCAUAAUUAAACUGACUGCCACUUCCCAAGGUCCGACCGGACCUAAUGGGCCAAAUCCUCCCGUAAACGACCAGCAAAAAAUCCAACAAUUACAAGCCAAAAUUGCCGAAUUAGAAGCCAAAUUACGGCAGCAACCUGAUGCUCCGACUAAUGAGGACGACAAAAAGGAAAUCAAAAAAUUACAAGGCGAGUUGGACCAAUUAAAGAAGAAAAAAAAUCCUCAGCAGCCAGGCCAAAAAAAUAAUUUUCCCUACGGAUUA